UCUCCUCAACAAGCUCCGUCUCUGCCACACCCACACUGUGCCGCAACGCCUCACGAACUCCGCGCGCUUCCCCUCCUCGCCGCCGCCGCCGCGGCGUGGGAGAAUGAAGGCCAUCGGUAGCGGCGGCGAGUGGUGGUGGAACCUCCCGUCCCUCCGCCGCAAGCCCGACCGGCGCCGCCGCGGCCGGCGGAACACGGACCCGCGCGGCCGGCGCCGCGGUCCCCCACCGGAGCCGCUGUCGUCGUCGUCGUCGGAGUCCAUCGGCCAAAGCCGCGGCUGGCCCAUCGACUUCCCGUUCACGCAGGCCGUGACCGCCGCCUCUCUCACGCUUACGGGUGACACCAUCGCGCAGGUCCGCCAGCGCAUCGUCGACCGCCGCCUCCGCGGCCCCGAACCAGACAGCAAGGGUUUGGUACCGGACUUGUUGAUGAGCCAUGAUUGGCUACGCGCGCUUCGUAUGGCUUCAUAUGGAUUUCUUCUUUAUGGUCCGGGAUCGCACGCAUGGUACCAGUUCCUUGAUCAGUGUAUGCCGAAGCCAACAUUUGCAAAUCUAUCCACUAAGGUCAUACUGAACCAGAUUGCGCUUGGUCCUUGUGUUAUUGGUGUAAUUUUUGCCUGGAAUAACUUAUGGAUAGGGAAACUGUCAGAACUUCCAUCUAAAUAUCGGAAUGAUGCCCUUCCUACACUUCUUUUUGGGUUUAGAUUUUGGAUUCCUGUAUCGAUCAUUAACUUUUGGAUGGUUCCUUUGUCUGCUCGUGUUGCCUUCAUGUCCUCUUGUGCCAUUUUUUGGAACUUCUACCUGUCAACCACUAUGAGCAAGUGAAACCUCUAGUAUACCUUCAGGGCAUGUACAAGCCUCAUUUGUCAUGAUACAUGUGGUUCCGUAGCAAAUGUUUUGCUUGGGUUAUUGUGGGACUAAAUGAACUGCUACGGAUGAGGGUUUGAAGGAGCUAAUUUUUGCUCUGGUGGUAGAGUACAUGGUAGAGUCACCUCACCUCCUGUGGACAAUUCUGUCGCCUGCCUCGUCAUUGACGGAAUUCUGGUAGUGGUCUCGAGGACAAAGUCGAUGGAGAAAGAAAUUGUGUUUCUCUAAACAUGUGUGAGCCAUCUACCAUCUACCUCUAAUUUGAUAGGAAAGAUGCUUGUAAUUUUGAUCAUUUGUUCAAUAAGCUAAACUUGUAUGCAAGUACAUACCGAUACCCAGACUCUGAAUAGAAGCACAUUAUUCAGAUGGAGCAAUUUUCACUUGUA